AUGCCUCCAGCUCCAAUUGAAGCGACAAAAUCGCUGCUGCGUACCGCCGUCCGUACCUUUCACCCUCUUCCCAAAACUAUCUUCCUCUUCGAUGCGCUUUUGACGUACGGCGUGCUUCAUGUAGACGAUAUGGUACCACUCUUUCCACCAAACACAAUACAACCGAAAGAGAUCCGUGCACUGUUGACUCCUCUGAAGAAUUCUCGGCUGGUCUCUGUGGGCACGAGGACAGAAAUUAGAGAAGGGCAUACCAGGUCCAUGCAGCGAGAAUACUACCACAUCAAUUACCACGAAGCAGUCGACGCCAUCAAAUAUCGCAUAGUCAAGUUGCAGGAUAAGGUGCAAGAUCUUUACAAGCAGGCUGAGGGUCAAAGGAAGGAUUGGUCCUGUCCACGAUGCCACGCUGAGUACGAUGAGCUCAGUAUUCUCGACAAAAUCGCUCCGACGGGCUUCUACUGUGAACGUUGUGGUAUGACCCUUGAACAGAAUGAGCAGGCUAUUCUAGAACGAGGUGAGCAUACCAAGAUCCGCGCUCUGAACGAUCAGCUGGGUCCUUUCAACAAACUUCUGGCAGUGAUUGAUAGUGGAGAAGUGCCCGAGAACGCAUUCGAAGAUGCAUGGGCGCGGAAAAGGCCUGUGCCUGAGCAAACGCAACUGCUUGGUUCAGCUCACAAACCCAAGUGGAUGGAGGUAUCGCAGCAGAGGAAUCAAGAGCAGCGCAAACAGCAGGCUACCGUAGAUGCUAGCGCGGUUGGCGUUAGCAUUAGCACCGAGAAAGAGCAAGAGGAAAGGGUUGCAGCAGAGAAAAGAGAAAAACAGAGAGCGGCAGCAGCAGCAAACGUGUUACCCGACUGGUACCAGAAUAGUACUGUCGGUGCUGUCUCGAGUGCUGUCAAGAAGGAAGAAGGUGGAACAAGUCCCAAUCCAUUGGCUAUGCUCAAAAAGGAAGAAGAGGAUGAAAAGAAGCCCGUUCUCAGUGGAGCAGCAGCUGAACAGCGCAAUAUGCAGGAGGACUUGGACGAGUACGUCAGGGAGAUGGAGCGAGAGAGGCUCGAACAGGAAAGAAGAGAGGCACAAGCAGCCGCCGAAGAGGAUGAAGACGAAGACGAUGAAGAAGAGGAAGACUUCGAGGACGCAGUACCGAGCGGGGUCAAUACGCCAAUGAGUUCUCAACAGCCGAGUAUCAAGCAGGAAUCUAUGCCUACGAUCUCAAGAUUGAUUGGAAAUGGUCUGAAGAGAGAGCUCGACCUGGACGGUGACAGUGUGAGUGGGACUGACACUGGGGCGAAUACCCCUGCUUAUGCAGCACCUUCAUCAGCGCCUGAUGCAAAGCGCAUCAAGCUUGAGAACGGGAUUGUUUCGACAAAGCUUGCGGAUGAUCAAGUUGCUUCACCUGCAGUAGUAACUAAUGGUGCGACUCCUCAAGCUGAUUCUGAGGAAGAAGAUGAUUUUGAAGAUGUGUAA